GAGAGUGACAAGGAUGGGGAGAAAGACAGAGACUUAAAGAGCAAAGAUAGAGAGAGAAGAGGGAUGGGAGACAGAAAGAUAAGAGAAAGAGAGACCCAAAGACAGAGAUUUAGAGAGAGAAAGAAAUUGAGAGAAACAGAGAUAUGGAAAGAGAGAGCAGUGGAAGUAGGGAGGGAGACAGAAAAACUGAGAGAUGGAGAGGGAGAGAGAGAAACAGAGACCCAGAAAGAAAGAGAUGGAGAGACGAGACAGAGAGAGAGAAAUGGGGAAGGAUGGAGCCAUAGAGAGAGACUGAGGCAGAGAUGUCUGUGGAAAGGCCAACUGAUUUGGUGGAAGGGUCCCCUGCCUCGGGUUGACUCGCCUCUUGUCUCCCAGCCUCAGUUUCUCUCUUUGGUAAAACAUGGUCAUAAGCUCCCCUGGGCCCAGGGCUGGUGCCAAGCAGAUGCUGAGCUAACCGUGGACUUUAUUAUGGACCCCACCCCACCCCCCAAACCACAGAAGCCCCUAGUUUUGGGGAGGCAGAGCUGCCAGGACCACCCUGCCAGAGGUCAGGGCUGAGGGCCUCAGGGGAACAGGCUCUGCCUCAGAUCUCCAUGACCUUGGGCACACCUGGGGCCCCCUGUCUGAGCCUCAGUUUCCUUAUCUGUAAAAUCAUAGGGACCACCAGGUUCUGAACUUCACUGGCCCGUGAACUCCAGAAUCAUUAUUUCUGGGUUUGUCUAUUUCACUUCUUCAAAACGCUUAGGAAAGACUCCUCACCCACUGCCUGCAGGGGAGGUACGGCCAAGGUCCCGGCCUGGAACAAGGGAUGCUUCAUCUGACCUCACUCUUGACCUUUUGGAAUGCUCUGUCCCUCCUCCAAGGCCCCCAGCUGCAGUGUCCAGGCGCCUAUAACAAGGGUGUAGCUGCCCGGGCGCUCCAGCCGCCAUGGACCCCCGCCCGCUAACCUGGACGCUGGUGCUACUGGGCCCGGUGCUGGCGCCCGCGCUGCGCCCUGAGCCUGACCCCGAGGCGUCUCCGGAGAAGCUGUGUGGCGCCCACUUCGUGCGCGCGCUGGUGCGAGUAUGCGGGGGCCCGCGCUGGUCCCCUGAGGCCAGGUGGCCUGUGGCCCGUAGCAACGGUGAGCUGCUGAAUUGGCUGGAAGGACAACAUCUCUCCCACGGACUGGUGGCCAACAAGGACCUCGAGCUCGUGCCCGGCCCACAGCCCCUGCACCCGGUCUCUCGCCAUCACCACCGGCGCCGCAGGGCCGCUGCCAACAACCCUGCCCAACGUUGCUGCCUGAGCGGCUGCACCCACCAAAACCUGCUGACCCUCUGCCCCCACUGACCCCUCCUCAGGCAUGGCCCCGGGGAAGCCCGAGGCCCAGAGAGGUCUGGCAAACUCCUGAGGCCACAUAGCACUCACCAUAAAGCCUCACAUCUUGGGGGACAUUAUUAUCUCUGGGGAUGGGGCGCUCCUCAUCUGUCCUCUGUGGAGCCAACUGGGGGAAAAAACCCAUACCCCAAUCUGGCGUGGAGGGUCCCUGGUUCUACAAAGGUGUCAUAACAACAAGGGCCAAAUAUCCUCACCCCAGAUUCUACCCUCUUUGCAUUGGGUCUCCCCCUUUUGCUCUUUCUCCAGUGGUAAAUAAAUAAACUUCUUGCAGACUCCAAAAUAGCUUCUUGCAUGUUCUCCAAAAAAGGGACAAGGCUGGACAAGAUCUGGCAACACUUACAGGAGCUUGAUAACAAGGGUCAUCCCAAUACAAAAUGGGGAAGCUGAGGCUCAGGGAGGCUAGUCACUUGCCCAUGGUCAGGCAGGGAGGGAAUGGCUGAGCACAAGCUUUGAACCCAGGUCUUUAGUGAGGUUCACAGGAGGUCGAGAAUGGUAGAAACAACAUGCAGAUGUUUGAAUGACAAUCACAGAGACAUGUAUGGAAUCGGCUCUGACCAUUAUUUCCACUGUCUCCUCCCUUCAACCUGAGAUGGGAAACAGGAAUCCAAGAUAGGUCCAGUGUCCCCCUUCCCCGGCAGAGUAGUGUUCCCCCAGCCUUUUCACACCUUUCAUCAAGCUGGCAGUGAGAAUCAGUCUUGGGCAUAUGGGCUGAAGGCACUGGGGAGCCACGGAGAGUGUGUGAGCAGGGUUGGGAUGAGGUUUGAUCUUCCUAUUAGCAACCCCUGCAGCCCCCGCCUCACCCAGGCCCUGUUUUGACAGAUGUAUUUUCCACUGGAGUCCCUGGAUGGUGCAAACGGUUCACACGCUCAGCUGCUAACCAAAAGGUUAGACAUUCAAGUCCACCCAGAGGUGCCUCAGAAGAAAACCAAAAAAAACCAAACCCACUGCCGUCGAGUCAAUUCCGACUCAUAGCGACCCUAAAAGACAGAGUAGAACUGCCCAAGGAGCACCUGGUGGAUUAGAACUGCCAACCUCUUGGUUAACAGCUGUAGCACUUAACCACUACACCACCAGGGUUUCCCCUCAGAAGAAAGGCCUGCCAAUUUGCUUCCCAAAAAAUCAGCCAUUGAAAACCCUAUGGAGGCAUUAGAGGCGGAGCCAAGAUGGCAGAAUAGACAGACGCUUCCGUGGAGCCCUCUUCACAACAAAGACCCGAAAAAACAAGUGAAACAGUAUAUUUGUGACAAGCUGGGAGCCCUGAGUAUCAAAGGCAAGCUUAGACAAUGAACUGCGGGGUAGGGGAAGAAAGAGACCUUUCAUAAGUGGA